AAAACAUCUAAACUGCUGCACACCUGAGCCAAGCAGAGGUCGCACAGUGCCUGGGGGCUCUCCACAUCCUGCAGCACACAUCACCAGUGAACUCUUCCAUCUUCUCCUCCUAAACUUUACAUGACAUCAGAGGAGGAAGGCAGGGCCAAGUUUAGCCUCUACUGGAGCUAAAGGAAAAAUCUCACCAUCGGCCUUCCUCCUUCUACAUGGACCACCCUCCACAGCACUCUGCAAGUGGUCUGCUUUUGCUGGUGCCGCAGCUUUGAGUGCAGACCUUCGCUCUCAAUGAGAGUAAAGUCAGAGGAAGACUGAAUGAGUGGAUGAGAAUGGAGGGCAUGAGCCUGCAGUGGAAACUGUACUGAGACAACGAUCUUACUCCUGGCUGGACUCACUGACACAGAUCUCUAGAUCUUUUGACAAUUGUCAAAAAGGAAUCAUGGGACCUGAUAUGUGGAGCCUUUUUAUUUUGUUUGGUCUAUCUCUCUGGAGCAAUGGUCAAGCCUUCAACAAGAACUCUAUCCUUUCCCGGUUACGAAGGGCUCCAGAGGCCAAUGAAGAAAACAAGAGGUGCUCCUACACCUUCCUGGUCCCCGAGCAAAAGAUCAAAGGUCCCAUCUGUGCAGCCCGUGGCUAUUCAACAGACAAGGACCGGGUGACGCGCCUGGAUGUGGCUGCUGUGCGCGACCUUCUGUCAAAGCAACGCCGGGAGAUGGAAACAUUGAAGCUGGUGGUGGACGUAGAUGGUAACUUAGUCAAUGAGAUGAAGUUGUUGAGGAAGGAAAGCAGAAACAUGAACUCCAGAGUGACCCAGCUUUACAUGCAGCUCCUGCAUGAGAUCAUAAGAAAGAGGGAUAACUCUCUAGAACUGGCUCAGCUGGAGACACGCAUCCUAAACGCAACCAGUGAGUCAUUCCGCCUGGCCUCCCGGUAUAGGGAAUUGGAAGCCAAAUAUGCGGCCCUGUCUGCAGUAGUAAACAAUCAAUCAGUGCUGAUUGGGGCUUUGGAGGAGCGCUGUAUGCAGCUCCACAGUCGUAGGCAUGAGCAACCACCCCUGGGACCGCCACUUGUGCAGGUGGUGCCUGAAAAUAUUCCAGUUAGCGUGCCACGUUUCACAAAUGAGAUCCAGACAGAAAACACCCGUGGGAUUGCCCGGGAAAGAGGCUCACGCUCUGGGCCACCACCUACAAGCGGCACUCUUGAAGUCCAGAAAUCUCCUGAGAGAAACUUCAGUGCAGAGGGCCCGUUCAGGGACUGUCUGGAGGCUCAGGAGGCUGGCCACAGCACCAGUGGGAUGUACUUGAUCAAACCAGAUGAAGCAGAAAGGUCUCUGCAGGUCUGGUGUGAACAGAACAUAGACAACGGGGGUUGGAGCGUCAUCCAGCGCAGAAAAGACGGAUCAGUUAACUUCUUUAGGAACUGGGAUAACUACAAGAGCGGCUUUGGGAACAUAGACGGGGAAUACUGGCUUGGCCUGGAGGGCAUCUACAAGUUAGGAAGGCAGGGCGACUAUAAGCUGCUUGUGGAGCUGGAGGACUGGAUGGACAAGAAGGUGUACGCUCAGUACAGCAGCUUCCACCUAGAGCCAGAGAGCGAGGGCUACCGCUUGAGGUUGGGCACCUACCAGGGCAACGCCGGGGACUCCCUCAGCAGCCACAACGGCAAACAGUUCACCACUCUGGAUCGAGACAAAGAUGCCUUCACAGGAAACUGUGCCCAUUUCCAGAAAGGAGGCUGGUGGUACAAUGCUUGUGGCCAAGCCAAUCUGAAUGGUGUCUGGUACACCGGUGGCGUAUACCGCAGCAAAUUCCAAGAUGGUAUCUUCUGGGCUGACUACGGUGGAGGCUUCUACUCCAUGAAGUCUGUCCGGAUGAUGAUCAGACCCAUAGACUAAGACAAUGCUGUAUAAACCAGGCUGGUCAAGGGGCAGCUAUGGAAGCCAGGGCCAGGGUCGAUUUAAGAUUUACUUCAUAUGUCAGCAGUAAGUGGUAGAACUGCAGCGAUGGAAGAGACCUGCCAUCAGGUAUCAUGUAAAAGUAUUUGCAGCACAUGACUUUAAACCACCAAAUGUGUGACGGUAGAAUUAAGAAUAACUCCCAACAUUUAAUGUAAACUGUCUGAGAGUUUUCGAGACUUUUCUCAUUAGUACAUAACUGAAUGAAGAGCUACAUGUGCCACAUGCUAAAUUAAUUUGACUGCCACCAGCAACGGUAUUUAAAAACAGCUUUGCCUACACCACCAAGCUAUAGCUCUGGUGCAAGCAUUCAUUUUUUUAUAUUUAAUUUACUAUUUGUGUUUGUGACAUGAAAUUAUGUUUUGUCAAUAAAUUACAGUCACAUGAAAAACAAUCCAGAGGUUUGCAUCAGGAUAUAAUUACAAAAUUAUCUUAUCCUUACAAGGUUCUAAAAUAAAGUUAAAUGCUACCUUACAUUAACAAUAAACAGACAUGUUAUACUGAGCCAUUAUUUGUUAAACAUAAAUUAAGUCAAAAUGCAGGAGCUGUGAGUAAAAAGACUAAGAACAAUUGAAUCCAGCUUUAUUUAUAACACUUUUUAAAACCCUUUAUAAGGCUUGUUUCAGUACAUUGUUGAACCACCUUUAAAUUUAGUUCCAUUCAGCUUUAUUUGGAUUGUGCCAGUUUACAACAAAAUCCUCUCAAGGAACUUUUACAAUCACUGUCCGAUUCAAUCCAAUUCACUGUAGUCCAGUUAUAAUCUAAUCAAAACUAAUCCAUUACAUGAGCCACAUCAAUCCAGUUUAUAACAACCAUAUUCACGUAAGCCAAUACAUUAAAAGUAAUUAGCUAGCAAAGGACAUCAAUGGAUUGCAUCAAAUCUCUGUGAUUAAAUUCCCAUCUUGAGCAGGGCAGCAGGUAACAGUGGAGAAAUAACUUGAAAUGCUUGUUUUCUGUGUGAUAUUGUCAGUCUCUUGCAUGGGGGACUUUUUAUGGAUCUGGGAUAGGAACAUAAGUUUGGUGACUCGUAUCUCCAGUUUUGAAACAAGUACAGGUACAAAUCAAAUCUACAGGUACAGAGUAAUUCUGCAUGUCUGAAUCUGCCCUGGGAAAAUUCUGAUGGGAACACCUACAACCCGUAAGAGGUGGUGUCGGGCUGGGCUAAGUGGGUACUAGUGGGAAAGGGCCAUAAGGCAGAAGAAAGAGACGUCCAGCUUCGGUCUUGGAGGACCACAAUCUUGCAGGUUUAAGUUUGUUUCCCUGCUCCAACAUGCCUGAUUCAAAUUAAAUGGCUCUUCUUAAUAGUUUGUUGUCAAAUCAUAUUGAUCAGUUAGUCUGAUUCAGUUGUGCUGCAGCAAAAAGAUCCAAAACCUGCAGGACAGCAGCCCCCAAGGACUAAUUUUGGACAUCCCUGCUCUGAGGUUUCUUUCUGCAUAUAGAAAAAAAUUUACAUCUACUAUUAGCUAAUUCUGCUAAAGGUUGUUAUAUGUUUCAUUUAUCCAUAAACCGAUGUACCUUUAGGGAGCUAUGGUGGGUGAGCUGGCCUUGGUCAGAUCUCUGUGAUUGGUUAGGGAUUAGAAGAAACUGCAUCUUGAGUAGGCAUGUAAAAUGUGUGACAUGGGUUUUGUACUUGUAAAAUCUGCUUGUAUUUUAUGACUUGUAUUUUCAAAUUUGCAGAAUUAAUUCAGACUUGUAGAUUUGAGUUAUAUUUGUACUUCUUAUAACAGCUGAAUAUACAGGUCACAAAACUUAUGUUCUUAUCCUAGCUCCACAAUUUCACAAUAGUGCUUCAGCUCUUUGAGGUUUGCAGCAUUUGUUCACAGCUAUUUUAAGGUCCUGCACCAAUAUUUUAACCACACUGAGGUCUGGACUUCAGUGCAGUGAUCCAGUUUGCAACACCAGUCAUUCUGCUGUAAAUCUGCUCCUGUAGCUGCAAAACAAGCGCAAAUCAUCAGCCCUCCACCACCAUGCUUAACAGUUGGUAUGACAUGUUUGUGCUAUUUGUUUCAUGAUCCAAGUUGGAGGAGGACAGGAACAAAUGUGCUGCAAAGGCAGUAAACUGAAGAAAGAAGCUUUCAUCAAUCCAUCAAUUUUCUAUACCUGUUUAUUCUAGCGUCACUGGGGGAUUGGUGCCUGCUAGAGCUACUGUUAUAACAAUAAACAAAACUGAGGUGAAAACACAUGAUGAACAGACCACCUGAUUUACAGAUGACAACAGUAACUGCUGCAAUAAUGAACUGGCAGAGAUAGAAAGAAACCAGGAAACUAUUAAUGCAGAACUAAUCAUGGAUAAGAAGGAGUGAUGAUAGUGGAUCAGGAAAUAAAAACACUAUAGACAAAAUAAUGAAAGCUACAAAACAAAAGAGGAAGCUACACUGAACUAACACUAAAAAAAAGUCUAAAGUGAAAACCUGACAACAGACUGAGGGAAUAAAACAACAAGACUAGAAACAGAAAUCAAACAAGAACUCAGCAGAACCAAAACACUUAGACCAACGUGGCUUUGACCAAACACAUGGCUGUGCAUUAUGAGAAAAACAUCUCCAGUUUGAAAAAAACAUCUUGGUCUGGUAUUAAUUAAGGGGUCUUGUGGUUUUUUCAGAUGCUACUUUACAAACCAAAGCAGUGCUGACAUGUUUUUAGAGAGAAGAGGCUCUCCCGUAACUUUUCCAAACAAUCUUUACUUUUCAGUCUUUUUCUAAUUCUGCUGUCCCGAACUUUAACUGUAGGAGCCAGUCAGUGGCUCCUUGCAUGGCUUCACUCGGAAAUGAAAACCAGUUUUUGACCAUACUUCACUGUUUCUGUCUAUCCAACCAAGUCUUACAAUCCUAUAUUCAGCCAAAAAGUCUUUAUGAUCUUUUUUUAAAAGUAAUAAACUCAACAAGAGCAGAAUGUGUAUGAUUAUUAAUUUUGUUUUGAGAGUAAAGGUAAUUUAUUUCUUACUUAGUAACUGAAUCUUACAAUUGUUUAUUUUACAUGCAUAAUAAGUUAAAUUAUGUCACUUAGACACUGUCUGGGAUCAUAUUGUAUUUGUCACACUUAAUUUUAGCUGUAAAAACCCCUGAAAUGAGAAAAAAUAACUAGAUUUUAGACAAGUGAGAAAUAUCUCAACACGUGUUAUGAAACACUUAUUUCAAGUCUGUUUAAGUGACAAGACUCAAAUGGACCAUGAUGCAUACAUCUGCAUGCUUUUAACCUUCUUACUGUGAGGCUGCCGUGCUAACCACCACACCUGUGCAGCCCAUAUAUAUACAUAUAUAUAUAUAUAUAUAUAUAUACCUUACUAUAACUGUCUAACUUAUAACUGUGUAACUUACUAUACUCUUAACAUCACAGAUGUUAAUAAGAAACACAUUUACUGUUAAACUAAGAGCAAGAUAUCUGCCCUCUUUCAUCCCGGUUGCCUGUUUCUCCAUAUCUCUCUCUUUCUUUUCUGCUUCCAACGCGUUCAGUAAACCCUGAUCUCUUGUCUGCAGUUCUUCUUCUUCUUUAUGUUUUGGCUGUUGGCAAAAACAAAAUGCUGCAUUAGUGCCACCAAGUGGUCUGGAGUGGGGACUAGAAUAUUUCUAAGAGCCCAAGUUCUCAAAACUUUAGUUUGUCUGCAAAAUCCCCCCCCCCCCCCCCCCAAGUCUGCCCGCCGUUGGAGGUGAACUUGCUGGGUUGUCCACUCACCCGCUGGGAAGAUUAGCCACUUUCUCAAAUGUUUUUUCUCUUUUGAAUAAUCUUUCUCACUGGAGAAUAAUGAACUUCAAAUAGUUUAUAAAUAACCUUAUAACUGUUCCCAGAUUAAGGGGUAGCAGUGGUUGCUACUCUUAUUGCUAAUGAUUUUCCUUCUUGGCAUUGUGAUAACACAGCUGAAUGCUGAAACUGAUAAACCUUUUAUAGAGGAUCUUACACUGAUGAUGAUCAAUGUACA